GGAUGAAUGGGGCCCGGUCUGGCUGCGAACUACAGCUCCUUGACCCGCAACGUGGUGGCGGCUACGGGGGAAGCGAGCCCGCCGCGGACGGGACGGAGAGGUCCUCGGGCGCGGCGGCGAUGUUCUGUGCGGCGGCCGAAGCAGCAGCCCGGCUUCCUGGGGUAGCGGUCUAGGCGGGCGCUUCCUCAGCGCGCCCGCUCCCCUUCCCCUGCCCCGGCCAUGCGCCCGGCUCUCGGGGUGGGCCUGGUGUUCGCCGGCUGCUGCAGUAACGUCAUCUUCCUGGAGCUCCUGGUCCGGAAGCAACCAGGAUGUGGGAACAUUGUGACAUUCGCCCAAUUUUUAUUUAUUGCUGUGGAAGGCUUCCUCUUUGAAGUUGAUUUGGGAAGGAAGCAGCCAGCUAUCCCAUUAAGGCACUACGCUAAAAUGGUGGCCAUGUUCUUCACCUCCAACUUGGUGAACAACUACGCGCUGAACCUCAACAUCGCCAUGCCCCUGCAUAUGAUAUUUAGAUCUGGUUCUUUAAUUGCCAACAUGAUUCUAGGAAUUAUCAUUUUGAAGAAAAGAUACAGUAUAUGCAAGUAUACCUCCAUUGCUCUGGUGUCUGUGGGGAUAUUUAUUUGCACUUUCAUGUCAGCGAAGCAGGUGACUUCGCAGUCCAGCUCAAGUGAGAAUGAUGGAUUCCAGGCAUUUGCAUGGUGGUUACUAGGUAUCGGAGCACUGACUUUUGCUCUUCUCAUGUCAGCAAGGAUGGGUAUUUUCCAGGAGACAUUAUACAAACAGUUUGGGAAGCAUCCCAAGGAGGCUGUGUUUUACAAUCAUGCCCUUCCACUUCCUGGUUUCAUCUUCUUGGCUUCUGAUAUUUAUGACCAUGCAGUUCUAUUCAAUAAGUCUGAAUUAUAUCAAGUCCCAGUUGCUGGUGUGACAGUGCCCAUCAUGUGGUUCUACCUCCUCAUGAAUGUCAUCACCCAGUACGUGUGCAUCCGGGGUGUCUUCAUCCUCACCGCAGAAUGUGCCUCCCUCACCGUCACGUUGGUCGUGACCCUGCGCAAGUUCGUGAGCCUCAUUUUUUCCAUCUGGUACUUCCAGAACCCUUUCACUUGGUGGCACUGGCUGGGCACCGUGUUUGUCUUCAUCGGGACCCUGAUGUACACAGAGGUGUGGAACAACCUGGGGGCCAGAAAAAGCCAGCCUCACAAGGAGGACAAGAAGAAGUGAGGUGUGCCUGGAAUACGUGUUGUCAUGAGCAAAGGGCUGGCCCCUGUGUCCUUUUUGUUACUGCUGAGUGCCCCCCACCCCCAGCCAGAGAAUGCUCAGAAGGAGGGGACUUCUCAGAUUACUUAUGACUUUAUAGACCAACAUUUGUGGACUCUGAAUAGGAACCCCUCAGUCCUGCAAUAGAAAAAAAGAACAGAUCUUUACUACUGAACAGCCUGUUCAUUUGUUACUCCUGUUUUGGUUACCCACAUAUUGAGUAUUGUACUUGUUUAUUGUAUUCCGAGUCCACAGGGCUCAUAGUCAUGCUCUUGGUCAAGACUCUCCCUCUGGUUGCUGUUCUGAAGCGUCUCUGCUUUUCCAGUCGUUGUCAUCUGUGCCUCCUCCCUUGUUCCUCUGUCCCUUUGCACCCCUCACAGUGCUCUUCAGACGCCGCAGCAUCGUCGUCAGGAACCAGUGAGGCCCGGUGGGUCGCGGCACCGUGACGUCGGGGUGCGACCUGCUCCAGUGCGCUGGGAUGGGGCAGUUCUCUGGAAGCCGAGCCCCUGGAGCGGGAGGGCUGCGAGUGCUCUCCCCCGUGUUGCUUUAUUUUCUUCCUGUGCAAAAGUCAUGCUUCCCCGUCUCCCCUUUCUGUGCUUCGAGCAAACCUGCCGCCUGUCUUUACAGCACAGUGUUAGCAAGGAAAGGUUGUGUGAAUAGGGGAUGAGACGUGUCUCCCCUCCAUUUUCUACACAAAGCCAGUAGCUGAGAGCUGAGAUGGCGACACCAGCAGGGCCCAGAGGAGCCGGCCUGGGUCAGCACCCAAGAGCCGCAGUGCCCCCACUAGGCCCAGCCAGGCAUGCGCAGUGUUGCUUCUAAGAGGGUUGAGGAAGCCUUUGAUUCUUCAGCAAAGAUCCAGAUCUGCCUGUCAACUCUGAUAGACUUGUCACGCCCCCUGGUGAGUAGACUGGUACAAUUAAUGGUGUGGCGUGCAAAUUGGGUCAAAUCACAACUGAAUUGCCAGGCUUUUUUUUCCUAUAAGCCAUCUUAAUGUUCUUGGUGGCAGUGGUGUGAAGAUAAACCAACCCUGUUUCUCCUUGCUCACGAAGGCCUCUUAUGUUUGCAGGGUGCAGAUUGUGUUCUUAAGUUGAGGUGCAGCUCUCUGGGGCUCCCUCCAUGGUGAGCAGUGUUUACUCCACUGUCGGGAGCUCUUCUCUGGGCUCUGAGAGGAGUGUCCGGCAGUCACUUUGGGGAGUCACUUAAGCAACCUCAGUUUUUUGUUAACAUAAAAUAUGGAAACCAUUUCGUCACUUCAAAGUCUUGAGACUAAUUUGUUGUUCUGUUCUUUGACCAUUGUCCAGGCCUGUAAUGGUCUCUUCUGGAAGAUGCAGGCUAAGUAUGAACCUAUUUAUGGGAGCAAAAGAUACCUUGACUUUUGCAGAGUUCUUUAGACUGACGGUGCUAUAAAUACCAUGUGUUAAAUAGCCUUUUAAAAACAAAAUGAACAAGAGCUGUUUUUGUGAUGAUUGUUUCAUGGAAGAGCCUGUCCCCCCAGAUUGUAGGGUCACUGCGUGUCUAGAGUCCGACUGUGCAUGCAGCACAUGUGCACUGCUGGCUGAACACAGCACCACCCUCCCUAUACUGAGGGAAUUGUUGCCAUUUUUAAGUCAUUGAAAUGAGUUGAAGUACACAGAGGCAUUUAAGUGGGUCCAUUAGGUUUUAGAGUCUGGUUUUUGAGAGUGUAUAUCUCAGCCUGAACAACUCUGCUGGUCUGGUUCACAGGAGGGUCGGUCUGUGUGGGUAGAUUGGGGUCCUCGUAUAACAGCAAGCAGGAUGCCUGAAACGCCCUGUGAAUGGACUUUUCUCUCUAGUAGUUGAAUGAAAGGAAACACAUCUACCAGACCGUAGGCAAUACGUUUUUCAACCACUCUUUAUUUUUUUAACUGUUUCUUCUCCUUGGUUAACUGAUUUUUCACUUUAGGUUGACAUUGAUUUCAGUCUUUGUUAAAAGGGCAAAUAAAACAUUUUGUAGAGGGGCAGUCUCAUAUCUAACUGGAGGAGCAAUGUCUGGGUCAAGACCACGUAAUUUUGUGAGAAGAAAAUACAGUAAUUUUACAAAAGAGAUUGUGUUUAAGACACCUUAACUCUACAGAUCAGAUAGCAAAUGACAGUAGCCAAAAAAACAGUGUGUGUGUGUGGACUCGCGCACCCGUGUGCCCACUUGAUAACCUCACUGGUGUCACAAAUACACUAACAGGAAAAACAGUGGGAAUUUGAAUUACUUUAAUGUCUGCCUCUCCUUCACCACAAUUCUCUCAUCUUCUAGACGCUACCCAUUUUUCAUUAGUAAUUAAUUUUUGAUCCUUUUCUUUGUCAUCCAAACAAAACAACCAUUGAUGCACAUGAUAAGUUUCUGUCAAGAUCUGAAGUAUUCAGACACAAUUCAAACUAGUUUUUUUUUUCCCUUCCUGCCCAGUUAGCCAAAGUGAAAUGCUUUAGUACUGUAUUUUGGUCAGCACUACAAGUGAGGAAAACGAUGAAAGCUGAGUUAUCUGUGUGUCCAUGUUAUCCCUUUUCUUCUGGAAAGAUUACCUGACAUUUUGAAAAGCUCCUAGUAACCAUCUUGGUGUGGUUUCUCAAACCCCUUUCCUCCUGUUUUUUUUUACAGAUUUAGUUUUUUAUUUAUGCAUACAAGAACUGGGGUCUAGGCAUACAAGAACUGGGUGGUGAGAGGAUUCAUCAGAGAUAGAAUGGGAAGCAGAACAGGCGGAUCUACCGAAAUAACACUGCUGGGGGAGCAGUGGGCGAGACAGGAGAGGUCUGCACCAUGUGGGUCAGCUCCCUGGCCAGGGAUCAAACUCGGGCCUCAGUGGCUGGCGAUAGCUUGAUAGUGCUGAGACUUUAACCCCUGCGCCACCAGGGAGGCCCCCUCUGUUUUUUUUUUUUUUUUAUCUCCGAGCCCCCACCUCCAGUUUCUUCAUUGCAGCCUCCUUCCCUCCUGUAGUUUUCUACUGAACUUGAGUUUAUUUCUCUUACGCCUCUACUCUUUGGACCUCUGGAUGCUUUUGUGGAUUUCUACAGGGUAUUUAUAUCUGCAGAGAGGUAUGCUGCAGUACCUGGUUACCAGCCUGCUACUAGGGUGUAAGAAUGUCUGGCAGAGGAGGUGAACAUGUGUGUGUGAUAAGUAUGAACGUGAAGGUGUGUAAAAGUGUAUAUACUCUCACACUCAAAGUAGGGCUGGGACCUCUACCCUGUGUUUGGAAAACUGGUUUUAUUUUGUUCUUCAUUCACUCUCUCUAGCUGACUUCGCCCAACAGUGCCAAAUGCCUAUGGAGAGGGAAGGUGGAAAGCCUUAGGUCAGGGUUAAUUCUGAAUCGAUGAAUUAGGUCUGUGCUUGGGGGGCAGGCUCAUGGUGGGGCCAAAUGGUCUGUUAGUGCAGGGAAGCCCUGAGCCGAUCCCAGUGCACACUGAGCAGACAGCACAGAUCUGAAAUACAGACCCUUCGCUUGUUCUUCAUUUCCCUUUGGCUUGCAGCAAAUAGAAUUCCAAGUAGUCCUACCCUUAGCAGAUAAAACCUUUUGGCCUCGAUAAUUUUCUUCUGAAAAAUGUGAGUGGACCUUCCCUGUGGCAGUUCAUUCUUAGGCUGAAAGAACUGUCAAUAUAGAUAAAAUCCAUUAUUACUAUUGAUUGGAGUGACAUUUGAACACAAGUGGAGCCGUAUUGGUAAGGAAGCAACCAGCAGGAAGCUGGGGGAUGUUCUUUGCCACCAAGCCAGGGCCGGAGACAGGCCCCUUUUCACUGGUGUGUUCGGUUUCCAGCAACUUCCUCAUGGUAGGUGUUGCAGAGAACGGAGAGACCAAUGAUGUCUUCCUCAUUUCUACAUUGCUUGUUCCCACACGGCUUCAGACCUGCAUUACAUGAAUAAAUGAAUGUUCCCCCAAACUAUUAUUCCCUCAGCUUUCUAAGAAACCUGCUAAUGGCUCCAGGUAACUAUUCCCGUCCUUCAUCGGCUGGUUGGCAAGAAAGCAAGUACAAAGAAUCAAUCUUAAGUUUCAAAGCCAGAGGAGGACUGGAGGACAGGUGAAGGACACCCCAGGGGUACUAUCAGCAGGCAGCUUUGUGCUCUGAUUGCUCUCUGGUGGCAGGAGGGAAGACAUAUAUAUUUAGCACCUCACAUCCUCCGAUGCUGAGUGCAAGGAGGUGCCUGUCAGAAUAGCAUUAAAGAGUCUUCAGAGUUUUUGAAGUAGGCUCCUGGGGUGACCCUGCCAUAGCCUGUGUGCUUGGUCUGUGUUGGCUGUUCCUUGGAGCUCAUUGUCUGUUUGCCUGUUCUUAGCAUCGUCCUGAGAUGCUUCAUCUGCUUAAAUCGCUAACCGCCCUAGCAGAUUUUCUCAAUUUCAAUCAAGGCAAGCUGGGACAGUACCAGAGAUGGGGGCGGGGGGAGCUUGGUCUACAUUCGGAUGAAAGAAGACCCAUACUUUUAAAGAAGAAAAGGUGGGAAUAAUACCUCUGACAUACUGAAUUAUUUCUGUCUUUGAGAUGUCAUCAAGGUGUCUGGAAGCGAAGCAAUGGUUAUUCCCCACACCAUAAAAUAUCCUUGUGUAUCACUGGCACUCCCAACUCACUUGCUUUCAUUUCAGAGAAUGGCAGCACCCUCCAAAAUAGAGGAAGGUUCUUAAAGAACGACUUGUAAGGAGGGGCCGUGGGUUUCCAGUCCCUGAGUGCUUCAAACUGUGCUUCAUCUAAAGACCACAGAUGGGGGAGGCGGGGCCUGGGUGGCGGCAGAGACUGUAGAACAGCUAAAGGGCAUUAGUCGGUAUUCAGAUUUCGAGCUGUGUAAAUAUCAAACAUUGGCUUCCAGCCUUAUGAGUUAUUUGAGCAGAGAGUUAAGGAGGAAAGGGAGAUUGUGUGAAUAAAAUGUUUUGCCAAACAAACUGAAUAAGUCUUGUUACUGUGAUUUCUUAUAAAGAACGAAUUUCUAGCUUCUGAAACAACUCAUCACACACACCUGCUUUUUAUCUUGAAUUGUAUAAUCAUUGUUUCUUAAUAAAAGUGAUGAAUUUCUUUCAGGUGUUCCCAAUCACCAUUACCUCUCACGUGCUUGCGUGCCGUUUGAAAAGCUCUCCAACGUUUUUGCCUUGCAUGGGGCGGUGGUGCCUUUUACUAGCAGCGUGCGUGGCAACCUGUCUUCCAGCCUAGCAGCUGGGUCAAUCAUAAAACACUUCUCGGGCUGCAGAUCUGUUUCUACUUCAAACAUUUAAAGAGGCUCUGCCUUCACUGGAGGUUUUAUUGGUUCAUGGCAGUAAGUUUCUGUAGCAAAUCUCUCAAGCCUCUUGGCCUUAGUAGAAAUACAUUGAUUUUUAAAAUGCUGCAAUGGCCAGCUCUUUCAUCUUCAAUCUGUUGCUUUUAAAUAAAUCUUCACAUGGAUGCAACUUUCAAAGUAGUUUCAAUCCCUGGUCUAUUUUUAAAUCAUGUUACUCAGUCGCCCCAACAUACAGAGCACAGAAAGAAAAAAGAGAAAAGAAAAGAGAUUUUGUACCAAAUAUAGCAUAAUUACAAUUAAUCACUUUAAAAAAUCACAGCACAACUUUA